UAUUUGCCUUUCUGUUUCUUGAAGCUCAACCGGCAAAGUAAAGCACUCUUCUUUUUCUUCUUCUUCUUCUUCUUCUUCUUCUUCUUCUGCUUCUUGAUUCUCAUCCCAUAGCCAUCAUGUCUACUGAGACUACUGUUGCAUCUGUUCCUGCUGAUGAUCAGCCAACUGAGGGAAAGGUGCAUGAAGAAACAACACAUGCAAGCAAAGAGGUUGAAGGUCCUCCAUCCAAGGACGAUGGAAAAAGGGAUGAAAAAGAAGAUCUUGUAGUUGUAGCAGAGAAAUCUGAUGGUUCAGAGUCUCAGUUAAUUUCAAGUAUGUCUGAAGAAACACCAGAGAAUAACCAGACGGAGUAUCCUAUCGUUGUCGAGGGCCAGGUUGAUCAUGUUCCAGUCGAAGUGGGCGCGAAAGAGGUUGAGAGUUCUGAUCAGGAUCCAGAAGCAUCAACCACAAAAGACUCAGCCAGUGAAGCUGUUGAAAGCCAAGCAGAUGAGAGUCUAACAAUUGAAAAUGUUCCAGUGGAGAAACCAGCAGUUGAAUCAGUUGAAAAUACACCAGUGGAGAAAGUAGCAACUGAAUCAGUUGAGGAAGAAGCAGAGAAGGCACAAACUGUUGAAGUAGAUGGGGAUAAACCAGUGGAGAUAGUAGCAAUUGAAGAAGCUGAGAAAGAAGCAGAGAAGGCAGAAACUAUUGAAGCAGCUGAAAACAAACCAGUGGAGGAAGUAGCGAUUGAAGAAGCUGAGAAGGAAGCAGAGAAGGCGGAAACUAUUGAAGCAGCUGAAAACAAAACAGUGGAGGAAGUAGCAACUGAAGAAGCUGAGAAAGAAGAAGAGAAGGCAGAAACUAUUGAAGCAGCUGAAAACAAAACAGUGGAGGAAGUAGCAACUGAAGAAGCUGAGAAAGAAGAAGAGAAUGCAGAAACUAUUGAAGCAGCUGAAAACAAACCAGUGGAGGAAGUAGCAAUUGAAGAAGCUGAGAAAGAGGCAGAGAAGGCAGAAACUAUUGAAGCAGAUGAGAAUAAACUAGUGGAGACAAUUGAAACUGAGGCAGUUGAGAAAGAAGCAGGGCAGACACAAGCAAUGGAAGCAGAAGAGAAUAAACCAGAGGAGAAGCCAGCUACUGAGCCAGUUGAAAAACAGAUAGAUGAUGAGAAGCCAAAGGUUGAAGCUUCUGAGGCUGAUCCAUCAACUGAAGCAGCUGGUCAGGCAGUGGAGGAAACCUUGGGAACAUCUCUUGUCAAAGAUUCAGAACCAGUAAAUGAAGUGGAGGCUAAACCACAUGAACAGUUGAAAGUUUUAUUAGAGAUGGAAAGAAAUAUUGAGAAGGUACUCAAGCCUGAAGAAAAUGUUGCCACUGAAAGCUCUGUCCCAGCCAUUGAGGAAGCUCAAGCAAAUGAAAAAGUAUCUCAUGUUGCUGAGAAUACAGAGAAAGAAGCAGGUGUGGUUGAUGAGGUUGGAAAGUUUUUGAAGGAUGAGACUGAGGUGAGUGAAAAUGCAGAAGUGGAAGAAGAAAAGAUUGUCAAAACAGAACAAGAAACUGAGGAGAAAAUUGAAAAGACUGAGGCAAAGAAAACUGAGGGUGAUAAUAAGCUUGAAAAUGUUGCAGAAGUUGCUGAUAGAGAAUUGGGUGAGGCUAAAGAGGUACUGGUCAAAGAAGAUGUGUACAAGGACAUCAAAGAGAAUGAAGAGGUAAUUGUGCCUUCUGCCAUUGUUGAACCUGUAGGAGAAGCCAAGGCUUUGGAUGAUGCAAGUAAGUUGGAAAAUACAGAAGAAGCUGCAAAUGAGUCAAAAACUGAGCCUGAGACUCUUGAGGCUUCCAAAGAUCAGGAAAAGCAAGAUGUUUCAGUGAAAGCAGCACAAAAGCAAUCAGGUGGCAUCAUAUCAAAGGUGAAGCAAUCUAUUGUGAAGGUGAAGAAAGCUAUCAUUGGGAAAUCUCCCAGCUCAAAAGUCCUCUCACCUGAAGUCAAAGCAGAAGAACCUGUCAAGUAAGUUUUGUCAAGAGAAAGAUAGUUUAUAUAUGGAGGUUUAAAAACCUGUGGUGUAGUUGAUUGAUCUGGUGUUUCCUCAUGUGCUUGCCUCCGGAAUUGUGAGGACAUACAAGAGGGCAAAGACCAUGCGUUUUGUUUUGUGUGGGAUUUGCUAGAUUUUCUUAGCUCUUUUCAUCAUAGGUACAAGGUGUUACUUGUGUUUGUUUUGGUGAGUCAUGUGUGUGACAUGUAAUUGACAUUAUAUUGAUUUGUUUAUUAUUUUUAAGCUAUAGAUUGGUAUCUUACAUGUAAAAUUACUUCUGGAAAUGACAAAAAUUUGUUUGCCUUA